UUACGACGAUCGAAGCGGAGUCGUCGUCGUCGUCGUCGUCGUAAAAGAGGAGCGCAGUUAAAUUAUAUCAAUAGCAUGCCGAGCUAUCCAGUUUUGUCGCGGUCUCUGCGAGGAUCGCGCGUACUACUACGCAUUUUCCAUAUAAACAACUGAUACGCGUGUGCAAGUAACGCGCGCGAAAAGCACCACAACACGAUGGCGAUGAUCUUGUUUUGGCUGGGCGCGAUCGCCCUGGCGAUCUACGCCUACCUGAAGCUCUGGGUGUUCACCUACUGGAAGAGGCGAGGCGUGCCGCACGACGAGCCCCUCGUGCCCUUGGGCAACAUGCUGCCGUCCCUGCUCGGCAAGGCGUCGUUGGGUGACACCGUGAAGGCCUCGUACGAGCGUCACAAGCACCGGCCGUAUCACGGCAUCUACAUGUUCCAUCAGCCGAUCCUCGUGAUCAACGAGCCCGACCUCAUCAAGCACGUGCUCAUCAAGGACUUCAACAAGUUUCGCGAUCGGGGCCUCUAUCACAACGAGCAGGUCGAUCCGCUGUCGGCCAAUCUGUUCUUCUUGCCGGGCGAGAAGUGGCGCCAGCUCAGGUCCAAGCUGUCGCCGACCUUCACCUCGGGCAAGCUCAAGCAGAUGUAUCCGCUGCUGCGCGAGAUCGGCGACGAGCUGGCCAAGGUGGCCAGGCUCGAGGUCGAGCGCAGCCCCGUCGUCGAGCUGAAGGAUCUCAUCGGCAGAUACACGACCGACAGCAUAUCGUCCAUCGCCUUCGGCUUCAACUGCAACAGCCUCGACGAUCCUGGCAGCGACUUCAAGCGCUACGGGCGCAAGGCCAUCGAGAACAGCCCGGUGCGCCAGGGCCUCGGCAUGUUCGCGCCUGUCGUGCUGGACGCGCUGCGCGUGCCCCUCUUCUAUCCGGACGUGAUCGACUUCUUCACGAGCACGUUUCGCGACAUGAUGGAGCGACGCAGACGCGAUCCCGGUAGGCGAGACUUUCUCAGUCUGCUGAUUCAGCUCAUCGACACGGGCGUGAUCGAGGCCGACGAGAAGGUAAUCGGUAACGGUAAUUGCAACGACUCGGCGAAGCAGCCACAGCAGCAGCAGGAAAAGUCCGACGACGGACGUAUCAGCGUGGCCCAGGCCCAGGCCCAAGCCUUCGUCUUCUUUCUCGCGGGCUUCGAGACGACCUCGUCCACGGUGACCUACUGCCUGUACGAGCUGGCGCUGCGACCCGAGCUGCAGGAUCGCCUCUACGAGGAGCUGCUCGCCGCCUCCAAGCUGCCCGGCGGUUUCACCUACGAGAGGAUAAUCAACGAGCUCGAGUAUCUGCACAUGGUCUUCAACGAGACUCUGAGGAAGCAUCCGUCGGUGCCGUUCCUGAAUCGCGUCUGCAUCGAGGACACGCGACUGCCCGGCACCGAUCUCAAGCUGCAGAAGGGCCAGGCCACGAUGAUCUGCGUGAGCGGGCUGCAUCGCGACCCCGACAUCUUUCCGGACCCCGACCGAUUCGAUCCCGAGCGAUUCACCAAGGAGGCGGUAGCAGCGAGGAAUCCCUACGUCUAUCUGCCGUUCGGCGACGGUCCCCGAGUCUGCAUAGGUACGCGAUUCGGCGUGCUGCAGUCGAAGAUAGCGCUGAUCAGCCUGCUGAUGAACUUCAGGAUCACGACGUGCGACAAGACGCCCAUACCGAUCGGCUACUCCAAGUGCGCCGUGGUCCAGGCCCCCGAGGGCGGCGUCUACGUGAAAUUCGAAAAGAGAAAUAAAUGAUGAAAGAUUCUCGUGUC